AUGUCAACUGAGACAAAUGAUGAAUAUGAAGCAGAAAAAGAAACUUUGGAUUUCACCAAAAUGUACAAAACUGUUCUACAAAGAUCAGAGGUUCCUAAGCUUGAGAUUCCAUUUGCAGUUCAGGAUGUCAUCAGUAGGAUUGAGCAAGCACAGGUCCAGCGAGCCAGAGAGCAUCUUAAUAUGCAGCUGACAGACAUAAUGCAAAAUGUGAAGCGUAUAAUAAAUCGCUAUACGAUGGAGGAGAAUAUGCAUGCUGGAAGGAAAAUAUCCUUUAUAGAACAUAAGAAACAGAAAGGAAGUUUGCUGGAGAAAAUAACUGCUUGUGCUAAGACUGCUGAAAUUAAAAACAAGACUCUUGCCUACAUUCUGGCCUGGUUGGAAGAAUGGAAUGUCACUUUGUCUGAGAUUACUGCAAUUGAUAUUGAAGAACACCAUCACUGUUUAGCACAAAUGGAGAUGUUACCAGAAACGUUCAAAGCCAUUGAGAACAAUAUCAAGAUACUAAGCAGAAUUAGUACAUAUUUGCUUGAAGAAAAGAAGAAACAAAAGAAAAAAACAGCAUCUAGAGGUUCUCUAUGGAAAUCAUGGAAAGAAAGAGUUAUAAAGCGACCUGCAACAGCUCAUGCUUUAAGACCAGAUCAGAUGAUUAGUGAUCAAUUUGCCACCGAAAAAAAGGUGUCAGAAAUCCAAGAUAUGCUUCAGGAACUCAUAGGUACUUCAAUGUUCAAUAAACUGGAAAACAAUGCUAUUAAAUAUAUAUCAUCAACAACUGUAAACCUUUCUAAAGCUUUGAGUACACUAAAUGAUGAAGUGAAAGCUAUUAACCUCCAUACUUCUGAUAUAUAUGCAAAUGAGACAGUUGAAAGAGAACAAGAGAUUUCCCUGAAGAUAAUACAAGAUCUCAGUGAAAGAAAUGAAAUGCUUCAGCAAAAACUUCAAGAAGCAGAAGAAAAAUAUGAACACCUUAUUCGAUCCAAAGUUUUAGAGCACCAAGCAUUGCCCACAUCAACACUGAAAGUGUUACCUGAGCCUUCUCCACAAUCAACCAUUAGCCAAGCUGACACAGAAGACAAUUUAGACAGUAUUUUGGCCAAAGAAUUUGAAAACAUGGUAGAUGAGGCCCCCCAAAAAGGGACCAAAGCCUUGGGGAUCAAGUGGGACUCAUCUCAUUUAUAUGCAGCCCAAGGUGAAACUACUGAAGAUUUAACUGGUGAGCAGAAAAAGUCUUCUGGAGAGAUCACUGAAGAUAAGAUAUCAGUGAAGAAAGGUGGUGCCUUUCAGAAAGAUGGGGCUGACGAGUUCCAGUCACAGAAAAAAAAGCACACAAAAAGCCUGUCUGUGCAGGAGACCUCUGAAUCAAAUGUGAAUGAUGAUAAAGGUAAACAGAAAGUCACAGGGACCAAACCUGAUCACCACUUAGAAUUACAAGCACUGGAUAAGAAGAGAAAAGAAACAAAAUCCUCUCCUGAAGCCAAAUCAAAGUCACUCACUGAAUCAAAAAAUCAACAUUUUCCUUCUGAUUUCCCUUCUGACAAGAGCCAAGGUGGUAAAAGUGGAACAAGUGGUAUACUGGAACAACUCAGGAAGGCUAAAUCUGAAUAUUCACAGAGUAAAAGUCAAAUUUCUUCAGAGAAUAAAGAGGAGCUUACCACUGAGUCAAUGAACAAAGAUGGCACAAAUGAGAUCAGCAGCCCACCAGAGCCAUCCAGUUUGAGCCAACUUGAUUAUUCCUCUGAAAAAAUAAAAGGAAAGAAACACCAUAUCUCUCCAGGAAGCACUACAAGAAAAGAAGAAAAAUCUGAAGAGAAAGAUAUGUCAGUCUUCACAAAGAAAUUCAAGUCUCUUACACUUGCUAAAUCAGGUAUUCCAGAUGGCGAAAGUGAACAGAGUAACCUAGAAGAAGUUCAGAAAGCCAUAGUGUCAUUCCUUAAAGAGAAAACUGAUAACAUAGGAAAGCCCUUGGAUAAAAAGACUGAGUCAAAAAAAGAGUUAUUAAGAAGAUCAGAAGUUGAGAAAUUAGGAAUCAUAAAGGCAAAAAUGGAGGAAUAUUUCCAAAAAGUGGCUGAAACUGUGACAAAAAUCUUAAGAAAAUACAAAGAUACAAAAAAUGAAGGACGAAUUAGAGAGAAACCUUUGAAACAAAAAAAGGCAGUCUCAUUUAUGCCAGAACAGCAUUCUCAGGAAACAACUAGUGCAAAGUCAGAAAUUAGCACCUUAAUUUCACAGGAGAGGCUUGACCCACUAACUGACAAUUUAAUACAAAUGAUCUUGACCGAACUAGAAAGUGAAAGGAAUGUUCCAGAAGCCUCAACAGUAGGGACAGACUAUAAAGAGAAGGAAAAACAAGAGCUAGAAGAAAGGAGGUUUGAGAUGAUAAAUAAGAAUUUGGAGAAGGAAGGGGCAUGGCUCCCAGUGAAGGAGGGAAAGCAAGGGCAACAGAAGCAGAAACAGCGGCAGGAAGAAGAGGUGUGGAAGGGACAGCAAAAACACAAUAUACAAAAGCAGAUCGAGUCAGAUGAGAAGCAAAAGCAAAGGGAAGAGGAGAAAGAAGGGUAUCAGAAGUCAAAGCAGCAGCAGUUGGAAGCAUGGAAACAAAAAAUGAAACAACAAGGUGUGCCUUUGGAGAAGGAGAAAGGACAGCAGAUGAUGCAGGUUCAGAAGGAAGUGAGACAUCUGGAGCAAGAAAGCAGUUGGGAGAGAGAGGAGGAGAAGCAGAAGGCAAGGAGAAAGGUAGGGGACUAUGAAAGUCAGAAGCAAAAAACAGCAAAGAAGAUGAAGCCAUCUGAACAACUAGAACAGGUGCUCAGUCAGACUUCGAUCCCAUUGUUUCACAGGUGGGAGAGCACACAGAAAGACAUACCGCAGAUACACCAAAGAAAAGAUUUCACUGGGAAUCUUAAGAAAUUAGGGGAUCUGGCUGAAGGAAAGCAUCCCACUCCAAUCACUACUCCCAUCUCCACACAAUCUUCCUCACGGUUUUCGCUCACCCCUCAGCAGGCCCAGGCACUGGGGAUUCCUGUCACCCCUCAGCAGAUACAGGAAGUGGGAGUUUCUCUCACCCCUCAGCAGGCCCAGGCACUUGGGAUCACUCUCAGCCCUGAACAAGCUCAGGCACCAGGGAUCACUCUCACCCCUCAGCAGGCCCAGGCACUUGGGAUCACUCUCACCCCUGAACAAGCCCAGGCACCAGGGAUCACUCUCACCCCUCAGCAGGCCCAGGCACUUGGGAUCACUCUCACCCCUGAACAAGCUCAGGCACCAGGGAUCACUCUCACCCCUCAGCAGGCCCAGGCACUUGGGAUCACUCUCACCCCUGAACAAGCUCAGGCACCAGGGAUCACUCUCACCCCUCAGCAGGCCCAGGCACUUGGGAUCACUCUCACCCCUGAACAAGCUCAGGCACCAGGGAUCACUCUCACCCCUCAGCAGGCCCAGGCACUCGGGAUCACUCUCAGCCCUGAACAAGCUCAGGCACCAGGGAUCACUCUCACCCCUCAGCAGGCCCAGGCACUUGGGAUCACUCUCACCCCUGAACAAGUUCAGGCACCAGGGAUCACUCUCACCCCUCAGCAGGCCCAGGCACUUGGGAUCACUCUCACCCCUGAACAAGCCCAGGCACCAGGGAUCACUCUCACCCCUCAGCAGGCCCAGGCACUUGGGAUCACUCUCACCCCUGAACAAACCCAGGCACCAGGGAUCACUCUCACCCCUCAGCAGGCCCAGGCACUUGGGAUCACUCUCACCCCUGAACAAGCCCAGGCACCAGGGAUCACUCUCACCCCUCAGCAGGCCCAGGCACUUGGGAUCACCCUCACCCCUGAACAAGCUCAGGCACCGGGGAUCACUCUCACCCCUCAGCAGGCCCAGGCACUUGGGAUCACUCUCAGCCCUGAACAAGCUCAGGCACCGGGGAUCACUCUCACCCCUCAGCAGGCCCAGGCACUUGGGAUCACUCUCACCCCUGAACAAGCUCAAGCACCAGGGAUCACUCUCACCCCUCAGCAGGCCCAGGCACUUGGGAUCACUCUCACCCCUGAACAAGCUCAGGCACCAGGGAUCACUCUCACCCCUCAGCAGGCCCAGGCACUUGGGAUCACUCUCACCCCUGAACAAGCUCAGGCACCAGGGAUCACUCUCACCCCUCAGCAGGCCCAGGCACUUGGGAUCACUCUCACCCCUGAACAAGUUCAGGCACCAGGGAUCACUCUCACCCCUCAGCAGGCCCAGGCACUUGGGAUCACUCUCACCCCUGAACAAGCCCAGGCACCAGGGAUCACUCUCACCCCUCAGCAGGCCCAGGCACUUGGGAUCACUCUCACCCCUGAACAAGCCCAGGUACCAGGGAUCACUCUCACCCCUCAGCAGGCCCAGGCACUUGGGAUCACUCUCACCCCUGAACAAGCCCAGGCACCAGGUAUCACUCUCACCCCUCAGCAGGCCCAGGCACUUGGGAUCACCCUCACCCCUGAACAAGCUCAGGCACCAGGGAUCACUCUCACCCCUCAGCAGGCCCAGGCACUUGGGAUCACUCUCAGCCCUGAACAAGCUCAGGCACCGGGGAUCACUCUCACCCCUCAGCAGGCCCAGGCACUUGGGAUCACUCUCACCCCUGAACAAGCCCAGGCACCAGGGAUCACUCUCACCCCUCAGCAGGCCCAGGCACUUGGGAUCACUCUCACCCCUGAACAAGCCCAGGCACCAGGGAUCACUCUCACCCCUCAGCAGGCCCAGGCACUUGGGAUCACUCUCACCCCUGAACAAGCUCAGGCACCAGGGAUCACUCUCACCCCUCAGCAGGCCCAGGCACUUGGGAUCACUCUCACCCCUGAACAAGCCCAGGCACCAGGGAUCACUCUCACCCCUCAGCAGGCCCAGGCACUGGGGAUUCCUGUCACCCUGCAGCAUAUCCAGGAAGCUCAAGCAUUGGGGGUUUCUCUCUCUCGUGAACAGUUUGCAGAAUUAGGGGUUCCUCUCACCUCAGAUAAAGUGUAUACCUUAGAAUAUCCCCACAUCCCAGAACAAAUCCAACCUUUGGACGCUCCUUUCACCCCAGGGGAGGCCUGGUCCGUGGGUAUUACUGUUCGGUCUGUGCAGGACCCAAAAUCAACAACUCCUCUCAUGAAGGAGCAGCCCUUACCACCCUGGGCUGGUCCUCCCUCAGAGCAUACACUGAAAGCUGGGAUCUCUUCCAUUACUGAUAAAUCUGUCACAAAACAUGCUCCUCACACUCCUAAGGUGUCCUCAGUAUCAUCUGCUGCUAUUGCUGAGAAGUCCCUUGUAUUUGAGGUGCCUUCUACUCCUAUGCAUCUAGCAAGGUUUCCUCUUAAACAAGCCCCCUCUGAGAAAUUCUUGGGCAUGAGGAUUCCUUCAGACCCUGAGAAGCUCCUGGCACCACAGACUUCACCUUCCUCCAGACAGACCCUAGUGUCUAAGGAUCUAUCAACCUCUGUUCCGUUCCCAACACCAGUUCCCAGUCCAAUAUUUGAGCUUUCUCCCACUUCACAGCAGCCCCUGGAACCAGAGGCCCUUCUUAGUUCUGGGCGAUUCUUCAUAUCUAGGGACUCUAUGACUCCCCAGUCACCUUUGAUAUUGAAGCCCCUUCCUGACCGCAGACAGCCCCUUAUAUCUGGAGUCCCAGUCACCUCUUCACAGAUCCCCAAAAUCUGGGCUCCUCUCUCUCCUGGGACGUGCUUGUUUCCUGGGACCUCUUCCAUCCCUCAAGAGGUCUUGAAAUCUGGACCGUUAACACUCUCUGAGCAGUUUCAGGCAUCCCAGACCUUUGCCACUAGUAAGCAAUCUCACCAUUUACAAGCCCCUUCUGCCCUUGGACAGCAUCUGCCACCAAGGACCCUUCCUGGGCAAGCUUCCCCAGCAUGGGUCUCUCCCACCCCUGGGCAUCCCCGAACACUGUUGACUCCCUCAAUCCCUGAAAAGCCACAGAAAGAUUUGUCCUCUGCUGUCUCUAAGAAAAGGAAGGAAAGAUUGUCAAUCAUUUCUUCUCUGAAAUUGAAAUCAGUAUUGGUCCAUCCCAGUGCUCCAAGUUUCAAGGUAAUUCAAGCCCCUGACGCUUCUGAAGAAAUCCAGAUACCCGAAGAUCCUUUUACCGUGGAACAAUUUAGAAUGUUUAAGUCCCAUCUCACCGAUUACAAGACACCAGUAUCACAAGCCCCUUAUGUUCAUGAGAGGACCCUUCCUACUCUCAUUAAGCCUGUAACGCCACUACCUUCUCUUAUUACGACUCAACUACUCAAAACACGGCAGAGCUCACCUUCUGAAUGGGACCGGAAAUCCCCACUUCCCCCUAUCAAUAUGCCCUGGCUGCUGACUUCAGUUUCAGGUACCAAGCAACCCAAAAUGAUGGUGCCCACUUCCUAUCCCCAAGAGCUCAAAGAACAGAACUAUUUUGUUGAUGUGGAGGCUCAGCGGAAGAACCUGAUACUCUUAAAUCAGGCCACAAAAGCUUCCAUACUCCCUUCACAGCUACACACAGAAGCUAGGAAUCUCAUAAUUGAGACACUUCAUACAGACAAAAUUCGGCUGGGAUACUUAUUCCGCAAGUACAAUGCCUACAGACUGAUCCAGCGUGCAAGAAACAACAUAAUUAAACGAUUACAAGCCAUCCAGAAUACUGGAAGAAGUUAUGAGACCCAGAACCUCUACAUAAUGCUCAAGAGGAUUGAUGAUUAUCAAAAAAAGGUGAUGCAGAUCUGGACAGAGAAGCAGAAUUCCCUAGAGCAGAAACGCAAUCGGUGCCUAAGGAAAAUGACGUACUUAUUCAGCCAGCUUCAAGAGGCAUAUAAAUUGAAUCUUGAUCAACCUAUCCCUUUGGUCAUUGAAAAAAAGCAAAUACCUGCUUCUACCAAAUCUGUUCAACAGCCAUACCUAAAGCUACUGAAAGAAGACAAAAGGAAGUAUAACAUUCUCAAUAAAUUUAGAAAAGACGACCAACUGCAAGCCAUCUGGAAUACAGAUCUAUCCACUUCGAGUUACCCAAUAACAGAGAAGACAUCAGUGCAUUCUCUCUGGGCCCAGCUGGGUGGGUACCCAGAUGUUCCUAUGCUGCUUCAGCUAGAUGUUCAGUCAGCCUUCAUAAGAUCUCUUACAUAUAUUCAAUCAAGGUUUAAGAAGAUUCCCAGGUGA